UCUCAAUAUUCUAUCCCUGACUCUUUUCCAGGUGUAACAGUGCUGAGAUUUGUUCCAAGAUGCCUUCAGCAGACGCCAGACCCAGAACUCUCUACGACAAGGUCUUUCAAGACCAUGUUGUCAAUGAACAGCCUGAUGGCACUGUUCUCUUGUAUAUCGACAGACAUCUUGUCCACGAAGUCACCUCUCCACAGGCCUUUGAAGGUCUGAAAAAUGCAAAGAGAAAGGUGCGCAGACCAGACUGCACUCUCGCCACAACCGAUCACAACGUCCCCACCACUCCUCGCAAGAACUUCAAGAACGUCGCAGACUUUGUGAAAGAGGAAGAUUCGCGAUUACAAUGCACAACCCUCGAGGACAACGUCAAAGACUUCGGCCUGACGUACUUUGGCCUCGGAGACAAGAACCAAGGUAUUGUGCACAUCAUUGGCCCUGAGCAAGGCUUCACUCUACCCGGCACGACUGUAGUGUGCGGGGAUAGUCACACCUCUACCCAUGGUGCCUUUGGUGCUCUUGCAUUUGGUAUUGGUACCAGUGAAGUCGAGCAUGUCCUUGCGACACAAUGUUUGAUCACAAGACGCAGCAAGAACAUGAGGGUACAAGUCGAUGGCAAGCUGGCACCUGGAGUCAGUAGCAAGGAUAUCAUUCUCCAUGUCAUUGGCGUUAUCGGUACUGCUGGAGGUACUGGCGCAGUCAUUGAAUUCUGCGGCUCAGCCAUCCGUGGUCUGAGUAUGGAAGCUCGUAUGUCCAUCUGCAACAUGUCCAUCGAGGCUGGCGCAAGAGCCGGUAUGAUUGCUCCAGAUCAAAUCACAUUCGACUACCUCAAGGGACGGCCUUUAGCACCAAAGGUUGACAGCAACGAAUGGAAGAAGGCCGUCAACUACUGGUCAAGCUUGAAGUCGGACGAAGGCGCCAAGUAUGAUGUCGAGGUCUUCAUUGACGCAAAGGAUAUUGCACCUACCGUGUCCUGGGGCACGUCACCGCAGGACGUUGUUCCCAUCACGGGCGUCGUCCCAGGCCCAGAUGACUUUGAAGACCCCAACCGCAAAGCUAGCUGCAAGCGUGCACUGGAAUACAUGGGUCUCACCGCGGGCAUGAAGAUGGAGGAUAUCGUCCUCGACAAGAUCUUUAUUGGGUCCUGCACAAACGCACGGAUGGAGGAUCUUCGGGCUGCUGCAAAGGUCGUAAAGGGCAAGAAGGUUGCGGCCAACAUCAAGCGUGCCAUGGUGGUGCCUGGCUCAGGCAACGUCAAGGACCAGGCGGAGCGUGAAGGCUUGGACAAGAUCUUCAUCGACGCCGGCUUUGAGUGGCGUGAAGCUGGUUGUUCCAUGUGCCUCGGAAUGAACCCAGACAUUCUAUCUCCCCGAGAACGUUGCGCUAGCACAUCAAACCGCAACUUUGAAGGCCGACAAGGUGCUUUGGGUCGCACACAUCUCGUGUCUCCCGUCAUGGCUGCCGCAGCUGCCAUUGUGGGCAAAUUGGCCGAUGUGCGAAAACAUCACGACGAUGCUACGCCCGUCAAGGGCUCACCGAAACUGGAUCUGAUGCCAGAGCACGUCGAGAUUGACUCCGAGGAGGAACUCGAGCGUAUUCUCGACAUCCCUACUGACGUCGGCCCUCACGCGAACGACAGCGCCGCCAGUGCUGGUGGCCUUCCUAAGUUCACUGUCCUGAAGGGCAUUGCUGCGCCUCUCGACAAGGCCAACGUCGACACGGAUGCCAUCAUCCCUAAGCAGUUCCUCAAGACCAUCAAGCGUACUGGUCUCGGCUCUGCACUGUUCCACCCUCUCCGGUACAACGAGGACGGCAGCGAGAACCCUUCCUUCAUUCUCAACCAGGAGCCCUACCGUCAAGCCAAGAUCCUCGUCGUCACUGGCCCAAACUUUGGCUGUGGCAGUUCGCGAGAGCACGCUCCCUGGGCACUCUUGGAUUUCGGCAUCAAGUGUGUGAUUGCGCCGAGUUACGCAGACAUCUUCUUCAACAACACGUUCAAGAAUGGCAUGCUGCCGCUAAUUAUGCCUGACCAGGCGAAGCUCGAGAAAAUUGCCGAGCUGGCCCGAGCUGGCAAGGAGAUCGAGGUCGAUCUACCCAACCAAGUCAUCCGUGACGCCGCCGGCAACGAGCUGGCACGGUUCGAGGUCGAGGAGUUCCGGAAGCACUGCCUUGUCGAAGGUCUCGACGACAUCGGCUUGACGAUGCAGAUGGAUGACAAGAUUGCCAGCUUCGAGCAAAAGCGCACAAUGGACACGCCAUGGCUCGACGGCAGUGGUUACCUCAAGAAGUGGCGCAAGGGUCCCGUCAAGGUCGAGGCAGCGCCUGUCCCCAAGACGAAUCGUGGCGAAGUCAAGACCGACCCUGUCGAAUGGUGAAAGGCAUUCGGGUACGCUUUGGGUUGUAAGGGACUGUUGUGUGUUCGAUUGGUGAGAACGUUUGCGAGAUUCACACACGCACAUGGCGUUUGAAUGGGUUCUAAAAUUAAAAGGAGGGAAGAAAUGAAUCAUGGCAGCUGUCCAAGAUCAGAUACCAUGUCUCAAAAUGAAUAUGAUGACGACUUUUUGGUUUCCUUUUGGCAUUGCUGGGACACCGAUUCUAGAACGACACGAGCAUGAUGAUAACGUACAAUAAUUGUUUCUCCUGCCUUUCUUGAGUACUC